GUUCCGCGAAAGGCUAUAAUGAAGAUAUUAAAGGCAAAAAAAGGUCGGCAAUUGUUACAUUUUCUCAAUAAUACGCAAAUCCCAGACGAGGCUUUUUGGACAACACUCACGGGCAACAGCGAGAUCCCUGGCGGGACAAGCGCUAAGAAGUGGAUGGAGUUUGUGGAAGAUUACCGAGCAAAACACACAUCAGAAGUUGCUAAAUACUUAAAAACGAAGCUGCGUGAUGCAAGCAUGCACUAUUAUUUAGCUAGACACCAAGUGUGGUACAGUAAUUGUGGAGGCGAACUCGCACAAGAUUCUUGCGUAUUCGGUGUGGAUGACUUGGCCAAUGUAUUGAAGCAACCUCAUUUGAUUGCUCAUAAAAUGUACCUCGAUUUUCAACCUGCAGCAUUCUUUUGCGUUUUAAAGGAAGUCCGCGAAAGGGAGAAUAAGCCAAAGCCGCUCAAUCUUACUCUAUAUUCCGAACUACCGCAAGUAGAAAUAAGCUCUGGAGUGUCAUACAAAAAUUUGAAGCAUCCUCUUUGGAUGGUGUAA